AGCUAAAAGGAUGGCGGCAUUAGGCUGUUUAUGUUUUCUGUAAUUUAGGCUAUUGGAAUGACUUACCAGCCUAAACUGAAUGGAUGGAGAGAUAGAUGGACACUCAGGAGGGUUUGCUGAAUAUAUUUCAAAGACUCUCAACAUGAACUUAACUUGGACAACAGCCCACACAGUCCUGACAUUCAAAAUCGGCAAAAGAAGACCCAAAUUCAGCAGUAUGGAUAUUUUCAAGAGCCACGUCGGAGCAAAGGACAACCCUUUGAUGCAAUAUGUGCUCAAUAAUUCCCUGAGGGAGCACCCUGUCUUGAAAAAGCUGAGAUUGAAGACGAUGGAUCACUCCUUAAACUACAUCAUGGUGGCUUGUGAGCAGUCACAGUUAAUGGCGAACAUGGCAAGGUUAAUCAAAGCUAAAAAAGCCAUUGAGAUUGGUGUGUACACUGGCUAUAAUGCCCUGAGCAUUGCCCUGGCCCUACCUGAGGAUGGCUGUCUGGUGGCCUGCGAUGUCAAUGAGGAGUUUACCAACAUUGGCAAGCCCUUCUGGAAAGAGGCUGGAGUUGAACAUAAAGUGGACCUGCGGUUACAACCUGCUUUGAAAACCCUUGAUGAUUUACUAGCAGCUGGAGAAGGAGAGACAUAUGACUUUGUCUUUAUUGAUGCGGAUAAGGUCAACUAUGACAACUACUACGAGAAAUCUCUUCAGCUCCUGAGAAAAGGUGGCAUUAUCGCCCUUGAUAACAUGCUUUGGAGCGGUAAGGUCGUCAACCCCGCAGAGGAUGACCUGGACACCAAGAGCCUCGACAAGUUGAACAAGAAGCUCCACAGGGACGUGCGGGUCAACGUCAGCUUGCUCACAGUGGGAGAUGGACUUAGUCUGGCCUUUAAGAUUUAAGCCACCGUGGGGAGGGCAUGACCACACUGCCAUGGCUACAGGCAGUCAGACGGUUUUGUGUUUUUGUAAUGUUGUUUACAGUGAAAGUAAGGAUGUACAAGGUGUAUCAAGAUUUCUAUUGUGACAAUUGUUGCAGGGUUCAGUUGAAUUUAUGAAUUAUACGUGAUGCAUAAAGGGUACUGUUACUGCAGUGUAUUUUUACAUAGAAAUAUCAACUAUAUUUUAAGGGAUUAGAUUGACCCCAGAGAAACUUGGAGUUAAGUGCCUUUCUCAAGGGCACAACAGUGAAAGCUGGGAAUUGAACCCACAACUUUUCAGUCUACUGCACACUAACCAAGCUCCUUAAAGGACAAUUCUGGUGUGAUUUUGACCUAAAGUGUGUUGAAACAUGAUGAAAUGGAUUCCAAAAAUAAUUCCGUAAAAAUGCAUGGAUUCCAGUUGCUGCUACUGGAAGCAAC